UCCCGGGGCGAAGGUCCUGUGUAUCUGCGAGCGCGAGCGACAGGUGUAUCGCGCCCGCUCGCGACCGCCGUCCAUGCGAAAGAAAGAGCGAGCGUGGCCUCUUCUUCAAGUUUUGUUCGUUUUGGGACGGGAGAAAAAUUCGGGAACUGGAAUACUGUGCUCUUCGUUCGUCGAAUUUUUCCACGCCACGUGCGCUGUCGAGAAUCGCAAACGACGAGACGUGCAACCUGGACAAAAGGACCCGGGCGCGCAGUAAAAUCAAAUGGCAGUGGAGCAGGAGUCCUGAGGAGAGGGCUGCACGACUAUUUUUUUAAUGCUUCUUCGUGACCAUUUCUCUUUUUGAACGUUUUUUUUUUUUUUAAAUAAAUUAUUUCUCCUGGAAAUAGGACAUUUCCCUUGGAAAGUGCACAUUUGCCUUGGCUUAAGUCUUGGAAAGGAAACUAGGCAACCAGAACUUCUUCUGGCAGAAGUCGUCAGGUAACCCUCCUUCCCCAAGCGGAGUGUCUGUCUGCCGUACGCCUUGGAUAUUUUAUCCGUUUUAAUGUACAGCUGCUUUAAAGUUAUUAAAAAGGAAGAAAGUGUCAUUUGAAACGUUUGCAUAUGUGCUGAGAGGAGUGUGUUCUGAGCUGGUAUAGACUUAGAAUGCGGCGCACCGGAGGAGCGCUCCCAGCGCGGCAGUGCGCGCGCCCCAAGUGACCCGCACCAAACCCUCGACUGGAGCGGCUCUACAGUGUGUGUGGCUGCAGCGGUGACUGUGUGACACCGAGGACUUCCCAGUCUAGCGCGAAUCUGCCCCGAUCCACUGGUUUUACUGUGUGGAGGGACGACUUCUGUUCUGGACCGCGAGGGAACCGGACCUGAGAAUGAUGACGUCACGGCCCGAAACCCUAUUGCUGUGCUGGGGGGUCGUUUGGGCACUGGUGCCUGCCAUGUGGGCUGGGCAAGAGUUUGUGGAGCCCUCAGAUGGUGAGACACUGCGCUCCCUAGCGGAAGGCCCCACCCGGCUUCCGUGCCAGUUCCGCAUGGAGGGACACCACGUAGUUCAGGUGACUUGGUACAAAGAGGGGCUGGAUGGCAGCAAAGAGCAGAUCAUCACCGGUCACCAUACGGAAGGACACACAGAGUUUGGCCGUUUCUCCGGGCGUGUGUACUUUGAGAAGAGUGACCCCACUCUGAAUUCUGCGCUGGUGAUUCGCACCACCGAGCUGUCAGAUGAGGGGAAAUACAUCUGUCACGUGUCCACAUUUCCUUUUGGCAACUUUGAGGCAGAGCUGUCGCUUACGGUGUGGACGACGCCUAUUUCCUCCCUGGAGCCAGUAGUGCUGGUGGAGAGACAGCAGUUCCAUGUGGCGGCCACCUGCCGCUCCGUGGCCCGCCCUUCACCCCGCCUCUCCUGGGACACAGACCUUCCCGGGCAGGCGCAGAACCGCAGCUCAGAGGCGGGGGCGGUGUCCAGCCACUUUUCUCUGCACCCCCUGCGCAGCAUGAACGGCAAGAAGCUGGACUGCUUGGUGUGGCAUCCGACCCAGGAUCACCCACGCAGGCUCAGCAACCGCCUAGUUGUGCACUACCCCCCAGAUCCUACUAUUAGUGGGUAUGAUGGAAACUGGCAUGUGGGUUUGGAGCAAGCCUCCCUUCAGUGUAACGGUGGAGGGAAUCCAAAAGCUGAGACCUUCACCUGGACCAGAAAUGAUGGACCACUUCCAGAGGGCGUGUUUGUGCAGAAUGAAACGCUGGUGUUUAAUAGGCCUCUGAGCUUCUCCGACUCAGGCCUUUAUCAAUGUAUGGCAAAGAAUUACCUGGGACCAGUGAAAGCAGAAAUUGAAAUCAGUGUGGCAGAAACAAAGAAAACAUCUUUUGACAGUCUGCUGAUGAUCAUCGUGGGUGUGAUCGUAGGGCUGCUGCUGCUCCUCUUGGUCAUAUCAGUUGUCCUGGUGAAUCAUUAUCACAAGCGUAAGAACAAGAAGCUCGAGAUGGAGCUGAUCGAGAAGAAGGAGCAGAUCAGCACUCUGUCCAGACAGGCCUCUUUCAGAAGAAUGAACUCCGUCAGCACCGAUCACCAUAUACAGGCAGAGGAAAGCACCCCUCUUCGAGUGGAGGGAACCCUCCGGAACAGCCUGUCUUCCCUCGGGGAACAAGGUCGCUGUAGGGACAGCCGCUCCACUCUGUCUGGUGGCCGGGGGGGUCUGGACACUUUGGGUCGUCCAGUUCUGUACAACACUUCGCGCCGUAGCGAGCGAAUAAGAGGGAGAGAGCUGGAGCGGGAUGGAGACAGAGAGGAUGGCAUGGGCAGGAUGGACAGUGUGUCUCUGGACUCUCAUCUCCAACCCAUUUUUCACCCCCCAUUACACCCCUCACUACCCCCCUACGAGCGCACUGCUGACGUUCUGAGGCCCGUCAAUGGCAAGGCCAUUAUUCCUACCAAUGACAGGACACAGCAGCAUUUGUCUCUUGACACUGGCUACCCUGUGCUCACGGACGAAGAAGAAGAGCAGGAUCGAUUUGAGGACGGGAGAGGGAGAAGGAGCCGAACAGAGAUACAGGGAGAGGCUUGUGACCAGGACAGUAAGAUUAACAGCUUCCAGAUGUCAAAGGCUCUUACCAACAAUUUCCAAUACAGCAAUGGAAUCCUUCAGCCAAAAGCUAACCCCAAUGCCAUCCUCAUCCACCCCAAGGGCCAGAUUGUAUGAAGGUCUGCCUACUGCCCUCCUGCUGGGGCGGUCUGGGAAAAGUUUCUCAUGUCGUGGGAAGCGACACCUUCAUGAACAUGGCUGUAAAGACGUCAGCAAAAAAUCAGUUUUUGUCCCUUUACUGUGGCUCCUCAGCUGCUUGAUUAUUGUGCAGAUUAUUGUGUUUUCUGCAUCAGGUACAACCAGGAUGACUCCAACAACGUCUAAGGUAUGGAGUCAUGAAACAGACUGUAGUUGAACCAAAAUGCAACUUAAACUUACUGGCAUGUUCAACAUAUUCGUACUAUGUCAAGCCAUGUAAAUAUUCUUUUUAUAAAAUUUGUAGACUACAACAGAUGUAUCUAUUUUCUUAAGAACUCUGGUCUGAUAAAUUAGGGAAUAGGAAAACAAGCUGGGAUUGUUACAAUACAGUUGUGAAGUAUUGUGAAGAACUGCUCUAUUGCUGGUGCUUCUUCUAAAUGCAGUUUGUUAAUAUUUUGUUCGUUUUAUGUUGCUUCAUGUUGAUUCAUUUAGUUAUUGUCAUGAUUUCAGGUAGAGAAGUUGCUCUAUCGACCCCUAUUGGUUAGAGUGUGAAAAUGGAGAUGGAAGAUCCUCCUCAAACACAAUGGGUAUUAGGAAGAAUGUGUUUGUAUGCCUUCAUGACUAUAAAGCCAGUACAGUACAUGAACUUGGUCAGUGUUGCCAUGAAGAUGGUAUAAGAAAAUCACUCUCUCACUCAUUUUCUUUAGCCGGUUGUGCGACUUGGGGUCAUGGCCUGUCCUUGAAACUUGGGACUCCAGCUUUAAUAGGGUGCACCCCAGGCGGAAUGCCAGUCUGCUGCAGGGUAUAAGAAAAUGC